AGCCAAUGAUUUUCCGAUAUGCAAAUCCAGGCCAUUACAGGAGAGUGAGUGUGUAUAGAAAACCUGUUCACGAAAAAACAUCGCAGAAAGCUAGAAGUUGAACAAAAUGACGGACUGCAUGUGUCGAGGGUGUUAUGCAGGCUCCGGGGCCUCACUGCAUUAUAUACCAAAGGAUCCAGAGACACGACAGAAGUGGAUUGAUUUCAUUUACAAAAACCGCACAGCGCCCAAAUUCAAAAAUCUGGACCGUAUAAGGAUCUGCAGCGCUCAUUUCACUGAGGAAUGCUUCACUAAUUAUCGGCAGAAAAUGAUGGGCUUCGGGAAAAGACUCAUUCUUAAACCUAACGCAGUCCCCACCAUAGCUGUGCAGCUGGAGUUCACAGCACCGAGCAGGACUCGGCAGGAGAAACACGAAGAAAUCACGGCUGAAAUGCGCCUUUGCCCCUUGUGUCAAAGACGACAGAGAGACAGCGAGGCUCUUUCUUUUCACCUGACUAAAAAACACAGUGUGCAUCCAGCAUGUCUCGAUAACCUGCUCAUCACUGCACCAUAUGCAAACCAUUCCAGUGGAGUCAGAGAAUUCAGUACACAAAAUAUCAAUGACACGUCACAGAAAACGUCCUCAGAAAACACCAAAUUCCCUUUAAUGCAACUUCAGCAAGAUGAUUCUUCCCAGGAAUAUGACUCGCAUGGUGAAUCAGGAGUAGGGAACGGAGCAAGCAGCUAUAGUGACCCAGAAGCCUCAGUCAAAGAAGAAAAAUCCAACGCUAAAAACAAUGCUAGCCACCCUUUCAAGUGUUACUCAUGUCUGGAAUUCUUUACUCAUAAAUCAGCAUUAAGUGUACAUUACAAUUCAGCCACACAUAUCCAGAAGAUGAGAACAGGAGCAGGGAAUGACAGUGAUUCCUCGACCCCUGUUAUGGCUUACCCUUAUGUGUCGAACAAACCGUACCAGUGUGACGUGUGUCACGUCUCCUACUUUUAUUCCUUCGGCUUGGAGAGCCAUCUAAAGUCUGUAUUGCACCAAAGUCGUACCAGGAAGGCUGGGAAUACUGCAGCUAAUUCCAAAACGAAUACAGAAAUCAUGGUGUCAAACCUGGCAGGCACGACGGUAGCUAAUGCCACACAGUUAGCUAGUGCGAAGACCUGUAGUAAUUGUGUGACCCAAGCAGAGAAGGUUCAGCUUCAGCCUGCUUCCUCUUUGCUUUCUGCUUCAGUGAUGUCAGCUCAGGCAGUGCCGACUGUUCUUCCUCUCUUAACAUUAGCUCCAAACUCUGUUCCACACACUAUUGUCCCUUCUGUCUUUCCUCCACCUGGGACUUCAUCUACUCAGCUAAUACCCCAAACUCAGAUGCUAAUGCCGCUGAUCAUGAAUGGGCUCCAAGCCCAAAGUGCGACACCAGACGGCUCUCAACAAAUAGUGCAGCAAGCCGUCCCGGUCCUUGGUAUCUGCUCAGCGCAGCAGGUUCAAGGACUCAGCUCAAGUGAUUCCCAAAGUCAGUCAGCGGCUACUGGAGUCUCCAGUGCAUCUCGUACACCUUUAGAAACAAAAAGGAGUGUUGAUGGGGUGGGAGCGAAAGUGAAAUUUGAAAUCAAAGAAGAGCCUUGUGAUCAAGAGGUAUCAGAGAUGAUGCCCCGUACAGCAGACGCUAUCACUCAGGUAGAUUUAAAACAAGAGAAUAACAGCAUGUGGGAUGGAAUUGAGGAUAGUAUAGAGUGUGGUGACCAGCAGCCGAGCAAAGCCAUAGGGCUGAGCGUGGGGAUGAAUUCAAAAAGACGACGUUCGGAUACCUCAACUACUGAGGACCUUCAGAGCUCACAUGUUACCAAAUCCAGACCUCCAAAAUGCAGCUCCUCACAUACACAUCUAGCCUCAAAGCCUUCAAGUACCAAACCUCUUUCAAGCUCCACCUCGGAAGCUCCAGCACUGACCGAGUUUCAGUCGCAGGUCCUGUGGGCCUUUUUCGAGUCACGAAACGAGGCUGAUUCUGAAAUCCCACCAAGAGAAGACUGCGAAGCUCUCGGCAGGGAAGUGGGACUAACUGAGGAUGAGGUACAAAAAUGGCUAAUGGACACGCAUCGCACCAAAGACGGGCAUCGGGUGGAUGUACAGACUCUCUAUGAGAGACAAGGAAGCACAGAGGAUGAUGAAGACGCUCUGAUGAUUGAUGAAAGUGGGGGAAUGGUUCUCCGCUCCACCACGGACUUCCUUUCCGAUGAAGAGGAUGCAGAUGAUGAACAGACCAUAGUGGAUAAAAAGAGAAAAAGGGGCAUGGAUUAGUAGGAUUCACACGAGGAACCAGGAAUGGCAGAGUGCUGAUUUCUACCUUCAUUUACAACAUACCGAUCCUCCAGUCGACCCUCAAGGUUUUUCAGUCCCUCGCGGAUCGUUGGAGAAAAAUCGGCGGCACCACUUACUUAACCUCAGGGUCUAAAGUCAUUUCCAAGGUAGUUCUGUAUAUUAAACGUUUCUGCGUGUUUGUAUAAUUUGUUACUCACUUGCUUCUGUUCUGUAUUGAGAGCUGCUUGAUAAACGCACACUACAGUUGUUCACUCUAUCAUUUUUGUCUCAAUACGAUUAAUAUGUACAGUAUAUAAAUAUAUAUUAAACCAUGUAUAAAUGUUUAUUAAUAAAAUUAUGCUUUAUUUGUACUACA